UGACUGAAGGUUGCACGUUGCACGGGCACGAGGGAUUUCUCUCUGCCGAAAAAAAAAAGAGGGGAGGAGGGCAGGAAGAGGAGGCAGAGGGGAGAAAAGACUCAGGAGGGAGAGGGGAGAAUGGAGAAAUAGGAGAUGGGUGAGGAGUUGGACGUGCUCAUCAUGUGUGGGAGACCGUGGAAGUGGUAGGUUGUUGCUUGUCCCCUCCUCAGACCGGUAGGCUUUUGCUUGUCCCCACCAGCGACCGGUAGGAUGUGGCCUGUCCCCACCUGCGACCGGUAGGCUGUUGCUUGUCCCUCCCCUCCGAUCAGUAGGCUGUCGCUUGUCCCCCCCUGCGACGGGUAGGCUUUCGCUUGUCCCCACCUCCGACCGGUAGGCUGCUGCUUGUACCCCCCCCACCUGCGACUCGUAGGGUGCUCACGUUCGUACCUACGCCACUGUCACGGUCAUGGCAGCGGAGUCGCCUAUGGGUCAUCUGGCCGAGGGCCUCGUCCAGGUGCUUGGUGGUGUUGCGCUUGGAGCGCGAGGGAUUGAAUGUUGUCAUUGUAAGUACGUGGGGAAAGAGAAAGAUUUCAAGAUGCUGAAGGGCCACGAGGAGUAUGAAAAUGAGUCGUAUACCGUUACGCAAUCCUGCCACGAAUGUCCAUCGUGUUUCAAACCAGUUCGGUUGAUCUGUAGCCUGAUGGGUGUGAAGGUGAAGACCUGCGAUUGCCGUCCACGUGGGCCGCCGGGUUGCACGGUGCAAUGAAAAGAAGCCACGUGGACACUUUUUUUUGUUGUCUCUUCCGGAAAUAAACAUCGUCGGAGAUGGAAGGUGGUGUACAGUAGGAGGGUAACCUCCACCUGAAGAGGCCGUGGCGACCGCGGAAACGCCUCGGAUUGUUUUUUUUUUUGCUGGGAUGCCGUCGCUGUGUGAGUGAGUAGGUGCUUGUUCUUCUGGACAUACGUGGGGUCCCAGUUAUUGCCAGCCAAAAAGCACAUGGACUAUGGACUGUGGGAUCCUCACGGUCGGACUUUUACGACGGAAUUUGGCGGUGAUUUAUGCUCAGAUACAUAAAAAGAGGAAAAAAUCAUGCUCAGAUACAUAAAAGCAAAAACAAUCUUGCUGUGAGUGAGCCUAAAGGGCCAACUGUCUACUGCCUUUUUUCCUUCGGCCAGCCCAAGGCGAAGCAGUACAUAGAACAAGGGAGCUGAAAAGGGCGGUUGCGGAGGAGGUAAUCAGGGACGAACAGCACAAGGUUUCCGUUGUCUUUCGUGACGUCAACGCCGGAACCGGCAAGGUGCACAUGAGGCAGUAAAUGGCACGCACGUAAUUCCAUUGGGAGACGAGAAAUGACAGCUCCCUCCUUCCAUGCUAGUCUUCCACAGUGCGAAUGUAAAUGGCACGCACGUAAUUCCGUUGGGAGACGAGAAAUGACAGCUCCACCCUUCCAUGCUAGUCUUCCACAGUGCUAAUGUAUUGUGCUUUUACAUUAUAUUGUUAAUAAUUGGGAAAAGCAUAGAUGACCGACCGUAAGGGUUGCAGUGUCGGCCGCGGUUUGUGUGCCAUCGUCUCUGCUGCUGUGUUGCCUUUCCGCCCUCCCUUCUCUAAGUGCGUGCAACAUCUGCUGAAGUUGAUUCUCAUUGAGAGGUUGUGAGAAGCGUACUGUUUGAGUCAUGGGCGUGGUAGUGGCCAUUUGACAGGGGGCAGCGAUUAGGGUGCACGAUGCAUGCAAGGUUUUCUGGACGUUGCAGGGCAUUGGCAGUGGUGGUGGAUUAGGUGCGGUGUGCUAUGUAUGCAAGGUCGCAGUAGUGGCCACUUGACGGCUGUAGGGGCAUUGGCCGUGGUGGCGGGGGAGGAGGGUAAUGAGAGAGGUGAUGUGGGUGUGCGUAAAUCGUCUGCAUGUAGAAGAAGAGGGUGGAAGACGGAGGGUGGAGGGAGAUCUGCUGUGAAAUGUUUACCAGUGUGAUGGUGUUAUGACUUUCGUAGAUGGUUAAUUCUUUUGCUGUGGAGGCGAGUGAAGAGCCUCCGAUGAAGUGGUAGCAGACGACAAGGUCUGGGGCUUAGGGGGCAAUCUGACGUGGUGCUAGUUAGGUCGGGGGUUCACGUAUCUCACGUGGAGCUCUGCACGCUUGGCGUAUGCGAAUGAAGUGGUGCCUGUUCCACUGCAGCAGGUAAGGAAGCGGAGCGAGGAAAAACGACACGGGGCGAAUCGCGAAGAGCAGACAAGAAGGCAAAGGGAGGGGAGGGGAGGGUGAAAAGAAGGUGAACCGAAGUACGGAUGGGAAAGCCACUUGUUUACGAAAUUGCCGAGAAACCCAUUACCACUGCGUUGAUCGCCAUAUGCACAGGAGUAUGGGUCUACAUUCAGAAGGCCGGGCUCGGGUACGGAGACGUCGGCAUUAGUUACGAGGAUGUGGUUCGGGGGAAGCAGUACUGGAGGGUGAUAACCUCUACGUUCUCCCAUGUUAGCUUUCUGCAUCUGAUCUUUAACAUGAGUGCGUUAUGGAGUGUGGGUGUUGUCGAGCAGUUGGGUCACGCUGGAAUGGGAAAGAUGUAUUACCUGAAGAACACGCUGCUGCUUGUUAUCUUGUCGCUAGCGCUUGUCCUCGUGUUCUACCACUUUUUGAUUCAUCGCCUGAAAUUGGAACGGUACUGGAGGGUUACCGCCGUAGGGUAUUCCUGCGUCAUUUUUGGCUGGAUGACUAUCCUCUCGCAGAAGCAGGCCGGGUCGAAGAUUCAAGUCCUUGGCUUCCUAUCUCUGCCUGCCAGUCUUGCCCCCUUCGAGUCCCUCAUUUUCACCUACAUCAUUGCGCCCCAAGCUAGUUUCUUGGGACAUCUCUCAGGCAUCAUAGUCGGCUAUUUGAUAUCUUGGGGGGGGUUUGCAGGAAUUAGCAGCUAUUGGGCGAUAACGUACACAUCGUGGCUGCUCAUCGCGCUCGUAGUUAGCGUCGAGAGGACGACUUCAUACCAUAUACCGUUCUUGCGUAUUGGCUCGUCAGAGGAAUUGCCCGAUCUUCCAACUGUGCGUUUACUCUCAGAUGAGGAAAGCCCACAGCCGAGAAGACCCCCCCCUUUGUCCCUUGCCUCUGGCACCGAUGCCGUCUGACAACCCUGUUAUGUCCAUUUUUCCAAUUGCACGCUUGCUCCCACAGAUGAAGAGAGAGGAGAGAGUCUGAUCAUGGGAAGGCCGUCUUCCUUUCCUCAGCUCUGGCACUGAUACUGAGCGAGCAUAUUGUCGCUGCGUCAGUCAGCCAGCCAAGAGGAGCCGCGUCAGUUAUGAGAAGGCGCCGUCUUCCUUCCUCGCCGUUGGCACAGAUACCGAGCGACCAUCUUGCUGGUCGCUGCAUCAGACAGCCAAGAGGAUGCAGUGCAAUACACACAUGUUAGAUUUUGUAUUUGCACCAACCCAG